GGAGCCGAAAGGACCGCGGCGGCUGCGCCUUUCCUCGAGGCUCACUAUGGAAGCCAUCCAGAUGUGCGUUCCCUUGGCCUUCCUUUUGUUGCCGCUCUUCAUUUUUGGGGCUCCCACAGAUGAGGCUGACCCCUCAAAAGUCACAGCUCCCUUGAAUGGCUGCAGGCGCUGCUGUGAUCCACCAGAUGGCCCUGGGUCACCCUCGGAGGCCAGUCUCAGCACAAACAGCCCUCACUUUAUCAUGCCAGAGGUCCGGCCGUAUAUCAACAUCACCAUUUUGAAGGGAGAAAAGGGAGAUCAAGGUGAGCCUGGGGUUCCUGGGAAAUGGGGCAAAGAGGGGCCUGCUGGUGAACGAGGAGCCCCCGGCCCCAAGGGCAGCAAAGGACAAAUGGGGGCUCCAGGGGAUCCCUGCAAGCACCAGUACGCAGCCUUCUCCGUGGGCCGCAAAAAGGCACUGCACAGCAGCGAGGGCUACCAGGCCCUGAUCUUCGACACGGUCUUUGUCAACCUUUAUAGUCACUUUGACAUGUUCAAGGGCAAGUUCUACUGCUAUGUGGCUGGCCUGUACUUCUUCAGCCUCAACGUCCACACCUGGAACUUCAAGGAGACCUACAUGCACGUCAUGCGCAAUGACCAGGAAGAGGUGAUCCUCUAUGCCCAGCCCAGUGACCGCAGCAUCAUGCAGAGCCAGAGCCUGAUGCUGGAGCUGCGGGAGAAUGAUGAAGUUUGGGUCCGUCUCUACAAGCGUGAGCGCGACAAUGCCAUCUACAGCGAUGAAGUGGACAUCUACAUCACCUUCAGUGGCUACCUGAUCAAGCCCAGCCUCGAAUAA